AUGAGCGCACCUCCUGGUCCCCCUCCAACUGUUCCUUCCGUCCUGUUGCCUGAGCUACUCGGCUUUAUCCCACAGUUUCUACUGGACGACAUCAUCAACACCGCCAACGAUGAGGCGCGCCAGUCCAUCGACGCCAUGGAACAGUUUCUGCAACGAUGGGCAGAUGCUCGGGCCGCAUCUGCACCAGACUGGGACCCAACGCAAGAAAUUGAACAAGGCCUUGUUGCCUUUCAAACACUGCUCGAACACCAUCUUGACGUUGCCUUAGACUUCUUUGAGGUAUGGUCCAUGCGCAACAUCUUCGCCAUCCCCUCCGACUUGCCCGUCGUUGUACCCCACCAAGCCGGUUUCAACCUAGAACAUCCACCGGAGCGCGAAGCAGAGCUGCUGGCCGAGAUCGAUGAGCUGCGAAGAAAGGUGCAUGCGCAACGCAAGCUCAAGCGCCUUUUUACCCGCGCAAUCCACCGCUCCUCGACAGACCUCACGCGCGCCCAAUCUCGCCUCGCCCGCCUCGCCUUCCUCCGCUCCCCGCAAAUGGAGACCCUCCUCUCCCUCCCCGCCUCCCUACAGUCGAUGCAUGCGUCCGUUUCCGCCCUCCCACCGCUCGACCCCGCGUCCCUCGAGCCGACGCAUCCAGUUACCGAGCCGGGCAAGCGGCCGUGGGAGACCAGCCAGACCGGAUACCUCGCCUGGGCGGUCGAGCAGCUCAUGGAGCACGCGAAGGAGCGCGCCCGCGAGGAGGGAGGCAACAGGGAAGCAAGGGGCUCCGCAAAGGUGUUCGGGGAGGGGCGGGCAGAGGUCGCGGCGGCGGCGGCGAGGGCGUAUGGUGUGGGGAGCGCGGAGGACUUGAAGGCGUCCAUUGAACACCUCGGAGAAUUGGGAAGGGGUUCGGGGGCGUGA